AUGGUGGAAUACAGCGAGGUUGAACAACACAACAAUAAAAAGGACUGCUGGGUGGUAAUUCAUGGCAAAGCUUAUGACGUUUCGGACUUUCUUGAUGAACAUCCGGGGGGUUCAGGGAUAAUUUUGAAAUAUGCCGGCAAGGAUGCCACCAAGGCGUUUGAUCCAAUUCACCCUGGUGACACAUUGACCAAGUAUUUGGCCCCAAAGUACCAUAAAGGUGAGGUUACGGGAAAGCCACUGAAAAAAGCAAAGUCCAAGAAAGGGAAAAUCGACGCCAGCGGGCUGUCAAUGGCCAAAGCAAGCGGCGAAACGGGCGGUCAGGAAGCUUCAGCUCCUGGUGGUGGAUCUCAUGCUGGUUCCUCUCAGACUUCUCAGACCGGUUCGUCGGCUGGAAACGUUGUGGACGAGUUUGAUGUUGAGUAUGACGAACAAGACGAUAAAGAUCCAUUUCCAUUGACUGUGAGCGCUGAAGGAACUACAAGCGUGGAAGAUGAAGAUGAAUACGAUGAUGACGAAGAUGAUCCACCAUCCGAGCACGAACUUAAGCGUCGCCAAUAUCUUAAGAAGAUGCCUGAUUUGGGACAAAUCUACAAUUUGAAUGAUUUCGAGUUUGUGGCUCGCCAUACCAUGGAGAAGGUGGCGUGGGCAUACUACUCCUCGGGCAGUGACGAUGAGAUCACUCUUCGUGAGAAUCACUUGUCCUACCACCGAAUCUACUUCAAGCCUCGUAUCAUGGUGGACGUUACCAACAUUGAUCUUUCAACAACUAUGCUCGGAUGUAAGACCUCAGUGCCCUUCUACAUUACUGCAACCGCAUUGGGAAAGUUGGGUCACCCGGAAGGUGAGGUUGUCUUGACCAAAGCUGCUGCUAAAGAAGGUGUUAUACAAAUGAUCCCAACACUUGCGUCGUGCUCUUUUGACGAAAUUGUGGAUGCAGCGACCGACGAGCAAACACAGUUCCUUCAAUUGUACGUCAAUGCUGACCGUGAAAUUUGCCAAAAAAUCGUUCAGCAUGCUGAGCACCGUGGUAUCAAAGGGCUCUUCAUCACAGUAGAUGCGCCCCAGUUGGGCCGUCGUGAGAAAGACAUGAGAUCCAAAGACAUCGCUGACUUGAGUCACGUUCAGGGAGAGGGAGAUGAUGCUGACAGAUCACAAGGUGCAGCCAGAGCCAUUUCCUCUUUCAUUGACACUGGUCUUAACUGGAAAGAUAUCGCUUGGUUCCGUAGCAUUACAAAAAUGCCAAUUAUUUUGAAAGGAGUUCAGACAGUGGAAGACUCUUUGAAAGCGGUCGAGCACGAGGUCGACGGAAUUGUUUUGUCUAACCACGGUGGUAGACAAUUGGAGUUUUCUCCACCUCCAAUUCAGGUUUUAGCUGAAUUGAUGCCAAUUUUGCGGGAACGCAAACUUGAUACGAAAAUGGAGGUAUACAUAGAUGGUGGUGUAAGAAGAGCUUCUGAUGUGCUAAAGGCAAUUGCCCUUGGUGCCAAAGGCGUGGGUAUUGGUCGCCCAUUCUUGUACGCCAUGUCCACCUAUGGUGUCGAUGGUGUGGUUAGAGCCUUUCAAAUUUUGAAGGAUGAAAUGAUCAUGAACAUGCGUCUCUUAGGUGCUACCACGAUGGACCAGUUGAAACGAAAACUUUGUUGA